AUGGUUUACUGUCAGUACAUCGGGAUAUCAUCCGGCUUCCUCUUCCGUAUUGUACUCCUCUUCGUUCCCGGGGGAGAGGCCAACGCGGAGACCAUCGAAACCAGCACGGUCGGGCCUCUACUCGAAAUAUUGUACCGGGCUACUUCCAGCCGAGUCGGCGCUAUCUGCCUUUUGAUGUUUCCCCUGCUGUGUUUCAUGUUUGCAUGCUGGGCGGCGUUGACAACCUCGUCGCGCAUGACGUUCGCCUUCAUACGCGAUGGUGGCCUCCCCAUUUCGAGAAUCUUCGCUGCUUUCAACGUGAUCACGGCCUCAUCGGUUGUUGCCUUGGGGUUAAGCUACGCCAUAUACGUGGCCGCCAACAUAGUUCGGGGUAGACGUAAAUUACCGGAACGUGCUUUCACUCUGCCAGGUUGGCUGGGGUGGACGGUCAUCAUAGGCCUGGUGUACACCACUAUGACGACGGUUCUGGUUUUAUUCCCACCGACACUACCCGUGGACGGAACAAGUAUGAACUAUUGUGUUGUGUUAUUUGCUACAAUCCUCCUCAUAUCCGUUAUACGGUGGUUUGCGGACGAUAGACACAAUUUCAGAGAUCCUAGGCUUGUCACCUUUGCUCAGCGCUGA